AUGGCGCAAUUGGUUCCGACAACUACCGCCCACAUGGCCACCACCACGGUGAAAGUGAAUGGUAUGACAUGUGGCGCGUGUACUUCUGCGGUAGAGGCUGGCUUUAAGGAUGUCGACGGCGCGGGCGCUGUGUCAAUCAGUCUGAUCAUGGGAAGAGCUGUGGUACAUCACGAUCCCACCAAAUUGUCCCCACAACAAAUCGCAGAGAUAAUAGAGGAUCGUGGGUUUGACGCUGAAGUUCUUACCACAGAUAUACCAGUUACUGUCCCGCAACUAUCGCGCACUACCGUCCCUUCCAAUCCGGCUCUGUCCACUACCACGUUGAAGAUUGAGGGUAUGACCUGUGGAGCCUGCACCUCGUCUGUGGAGGCUGGGUUUAAAGAUGUCGCUGGAGUCAAAAGUAUAGUCAUCUCUUUGUUGGCCUCUCGAGCUGUUGUCGAGCAUGAUGCGGCCGUCAUCGCUCCAGAAAAGCUGGCUGAGAUUAUCGAGGAGCGAGGAUUCGAUGCCGAAGUGCUGGAAACUAAACAAGCACAGCCUGCUGGUAUCACUGGAUCUGUCGAAACUCAACAGACUGCAGAUGUCUAUACCACUACCGUGUCUAUCGAUGGCAUGACGUGUGGUGCUUGUACCUCCGCUGUCGAAGGCGCAUUCAAGAAUAAGCCCGGUGUAUUGAAAUUCAAUAUCAGCUUGUUAGCUGGAAGAGCUGUCCUUACCCACAAAUCACAAGAGUUGACCCCAGAACAAAUCGUGGAGACUGUAGAUGAUGCUGGCUUCGAUGCCAAGCUGAUUUCCUCCGAGCCUGAAGGUCUACAGAUGCAAUCAUCAUCUACUGUCCAACUUAAAAUCUACGGCCUGUCCGAUGCUACUUCCGCAACCGAGAUUGAGAACUUGCUGAGAGCGAAGGACGGUGUGAAGAGCGCUCUUAUCAGCCUUGCCACCUCCAGAGCCAAUAUUCGAUACGACCCUUCUGUUACUGGUCUCCGAAUGAUUGUUGAGACCGUCGAAAAUGCUGGCUACAACGCUUUAGUGGCCGAUUCGGACGACAAUAAUGCCCAGCUUGAAUCCUUGGCCAAGACGAAGGAGAUUCAAGAAUGGAAGCAGGCCUUCAUCACCUCCCUAUCUUUUGCCAUACCUGUCUUUCUCAUCAGCAUGAUCAUACCUAUGUUCAUUCCAGCUCUAAAUUUUGGUGGCAUCGAGAUAAUCCACGGACUGUUUAUGGGCGACGUGGUUUGCUGUGCCUUGACGGUUCCUGUUCAAUUCGGUAUCGGAAAGCGAUUCUAUGUGUCGGCUUACAAAAGUCUGAAGCACGGAUCACCCACUAUGGACGUUCUGGUCGUCAUAGGCACUUCGGCUGCUUUCUUUUUCAGUUGUCUUGCUGUCAUUGUAGCUGUUCUAAUACCUCCUCAUAACAAACCCGGCACCUUUUUCGACACCAGUACUAUGCUAAUCACUUUCAUUACUCUUGGAAGGUGGAUCGAAAAUAGAGCCAAGGGUCAAACUUCGAAGGCCUUGUCAAACUUGAUGAACCUAGCACCAAGUAUGGCAACCAUCUAUGAAGAUCCUCUUUAUGCAGAGAAACUGGCCGAAGACUGGGAAUCACCAUCAUCUCCAGUACUCGAAAAAGGAGAGAAGUCCACGGAUGAGCCGCAGACUACCAACGAGGCAGCUGCUGAGAGGACUAUUCCAACCGAGCUCAUUGAAGUUGGCGACGUUGUGCUCUUGAGGCCGGGUGACAAAGUGCCCGCCGAUGGAAAUGUGACUCGUGGUGAAAGCUACGUUGACGAGUCUAUGGUUACUGGAGAACCUGUACCUAUUCUGAAGAAGAAAGGUCAUGCGCUCAUCGCAGGAACAGUCAACGGUGCUGGUCGUCUCGACUUUCGAGUCACUCGAGCAGGUAAGGACACUCAGCUCAGCCAAAUCGUCAACCUUGUUCAGGAAGCUCAGACCAGUCGGGCGCCAAUUCAGCGUAUGGCAGAUCUGGUUGCAGGCUAUUUUGUUCCGAUCAUUGUUCUGCUUGGCUUGAUUACCUUCACUGCUUGGAUAAUCUUGAGCCAUGCUCUACCAAAUCCACCCAAGAUCUUCCUCGCAGCACAGUCAGGUGGUAAAACUAUGGUGUGCUUGAAGCUUUGCAUCUCGGUCAUUGUCUUUGCUUGUCCCUGUGCACUUGGUCUUGCUACACCAACUGCUGUCAUGGUUGGUACAGGUACUGCUUCUCAGCAAGGCAUUCUGGUCAAAGGUGGCGCUGCCCUUGAGACCGCCACGCGGAUCACACAUCUUGUGUUUGAUAAGACUGGCACCUUGACCUUUGGCAAACUCAAGGUCUCUAGAGUCACCAUUCAAGGCUCAUGGAAUGUUAGCGAGGAGGCCAGAAAAGUCUGGUGGACGAUUGUCGGCCUAGCUGAAUCUGGCUCUGAACAUCCUAUCGGACGUUCUAUUACACUGCAGGCCAAGGAACAUCUGAAGCUUGCUCCUGAAGAUCCGCUUCCUGGCCAGGUUGGUGCGUUUGAGAACAGGGUUGGCAAGGGCAUAACGGCUCAGAUCGAGGUUCGUGCCGUUAGCAAUUCUCAGCCGGAAAGGCACGAUGUUCUGAUAGGAAACGCCUCGUUCCUUGAAGCUCAGGACAUUGAUGUCCCGUCAGACGUGAAGCCAGAAAACAGCAAAACCCUGGCUGGUCUGACGCUGAUCUAUGUUGCUAUUGAUAACAAAUUUACAGGUGUGCUAGGACUUAGUGAUACGAUCAAACCUACUGCUGCAGCGACCAUCACAGCAUUGCACAGAAUGGGAAUCUCGACCUCACUAGUAACAGGAGACACGUAUAGUACUGCUCUUGCUAUCGCUGAAAAAGUCGGCAUUUCGACGGAUGCAAUUCGUGCUUCGGUCUCACCUGGCCAGAAGCACGAUAUCGUAGCAGAACUACAAGGCCAAGGCGAAAUUGUCGCAAUGGUCGGAGAUGGCAUCAACGACUCGCCAGCCCUUGCUACUGCUAAUGUCGGAAUCGGUCUCGUCUCUGGCUCUGACAUCGCAGUGGAAGCCGCUGAUAUUGUCAUUAUGCGUUCAGACGACCUUCUCAACAUUCCAGCGGCAUUAUGUCUCUGUCGCACCAUCUUUCACAGGAUCAAAGCAAAUCUCCUGUGGGCUUGUGGCUACAAUGUCAUUGGUCUGCCGUUUGCGAUGGGUUUCUUUUUGCCUUUUGGAUACUACAUGCCUCCACUCGCCUCAGCGAUCGCCAUGAUGUUCUCCAGCAUAUCAGUCACGCUCUCCUCCCUGGCACUACGUUGGGCAAGAAGACCAUCAUGGCUUAACGAAGAGAAGCUGGAAAUGGAAAGUGGAAAGAUUGCUGUGCCAAGGAUCGGACAGCCAAGGGUCGAGAAAGGCGUCGUGGCAUUCGGUCAGAAGAUUUGGGCAGUGUUUGACACGAAUCUUGGUGGAUUGAAGCGCAAGCGCGCUGGAGAUACAGGUGAUAGAGGUAAUUAUGUUCCAUUAAGAAGUGUAGAAAAUGUAUAG